AUGCAUUGCUCCCUUAUCCUCAUACUUCUGGGCGCCCUUUCUCCCGUGCGGGCAGACAACGCCCCGCCCAUAGCCGAUGCCAUUCAACGUGAUACCAGCUCGGCGGCCCGGGUGAUGGUUACACCCCCGCCCGAGGCUCGUCACGCGCAUGCUAGCGCACCCGUCGAAGGGCGACAAGUGGGGACAUUCACCAAUUUUAUAGGGUUUGCCUCGAUGUCGGGAUAUUGGUACUCGCAAACCUGUGAACCUGGGCAGACGUUUGCCGUUGGCUCGGGUGGUCCCUGGGCCGCAUGCUGUGGUGGUGAUGGCGCCACCGCGUGCAACUUCGCGACGGCAUGCCGUGGGAAUGAGGUGCUCUUCAACUCCGGCUCGGGAUCCUGCGGCACCCAACAAUGCGACACCUACACCAUAUUCAACUCGCGCGAGGUCGCCGCCACGGGCAUUUGGAGUAUGAUAGGGUGUUUUACUGCCGAGGGGUUCUACGACAAUCCAAGGACAUUGUACCGGAACACCUUUCCUCUCACAACAUCGGUUUCAACGCCGACGGUGACAGUUGAGGCGACCCAGACGGUAACGCAAAGAGUCACCGUCACACGUAACGCGGCGAGCCCUUAUGUCGGAGGGAAGCAAGGCUGGGGACCGGGUUUGAGCGGCUUGUUCGUGCUUGUGAUGGCUUUUGCCAGGGACUUGUUGGUAUAA